AAUCUAAUGGGUGUGGCUGAAGCAUGUCUGCUAGCUAGCUGCUAAUGGCUGCUACAACAAUAGUUGGUCAGAUUAGUCGUUUGGAGAAGGAGACAGCAGCUUUUAAGAAACAACUAGAAGAUAUUGAUAAUCAACUCAAAUCGGUUACAAAUGAACCAGACAGGAGAAUAUUGUACAAAAUAGCCGAAACACUAAAAGCAGACAUGGAGGAGAAAGGUAUUGCAACAAACCUCAGCCAUAAACAAAGCAUAAAAGCAAGCUGGCUCAUUUGAGAAAGGAGAACAGAAAAACGACACUAGCGGCUAUACUUAUAUUCAUAAUCCUAGUACUAUUCUAUGUAUUCAUCAUGUCUCCUCUCAAACAGAACAAGAAAUCAGAAAAUUAAACUCACAAUCAUGUAUACCAUCUAUACAUACAUUUAAUGAAGACUUUGUUCACAAUUUAUUUUUGAUUGUAAAAGAAUAGGUACUGCA